ACCACUCGUCGCAGGGUUUUGACGUCACCCGGGGCUGGUAAGAUGGCUUCUGCGGCUUGGCUGCAUGGCCCCAACAUACCGCGACUUACGGAGGGAUUGGUGUCUGUUCUCAAGGAAGAGAGACCUGAACAUUUGCCCGCUCUUCUUGCAAACUACCGCGAACAUGGAGCGGUUGGGACUCAGAGCACAGGAGCUGUGGGUGGUCUGGUGGGCAUCAGUAAUGCACGGCUUGGGUCCAGUAAAACCAGGUUUGAGGGUCUCUGUCUGCUGUCUGUGCUGGUGAAAGACAGUUCGAGUGAAGUGUUUCAGCAGCACUGCAUGUCAUGGCUUCGAUCGCUUCAGCAGGUCAUUCAGUCGCAGGCUCCUCUCCCCACAGUGCAGCUUGCCGUGAGCGUGUUACAGGAUUUACUGCAGUACUCAUCCCAGCUGCCAGAGUUGGCCAGGGAGGUGGGCCUUAACUCUGUCCUGGGCAUUCUCACCUCCCUGCUUAGUCUCAAAUCUGAGUGCCACCUAGCUGCCAUGAAAGGAAUGAUGGCUUGUAUGAUCUACUACCCACGGGCCUGUGGAUCUCUGAAGGAGAAGCUUGGGGCGUACUUUUUGUCUAAGAUGGACUCGGAUAACCUUAAAGUACAAGAGAUAGCUUGUGAGUGUUAUGGGCGCUUGCCCUGCCUGGGUGGUGUUUUGGAUCGUGGAGGGGGUGGGCACAGAGCAGAGGGAUGGACCAAUCAACUGCACUGCCUUUUAGCAUCAGCAAAUAGCAUGAUCGGACAGUUAUACCAGGGAGCAGAAGCAGAUGGGACAGUGCAAUAUGAGGGUCCUGGCAUGGAACUGCCUUUACCGCCUCUGGAUGACAUAGACCCACUAUUAAUCUUUCAACUACAUCAUCGGUUCAAGGCCAUUUGCAUGGCUGUCAGACACACCCUGAGUGUUGGUCCAGCAUCUUCGGUCCGUCUACCUCUUCAGAGCGUCCUCAAUUUUGUGUGCCGAGCCUUGGCAGUCAGCACUAAGAGCAUCAGUCCAACAGGAGAGGGCUGUCUCAAGCUGUUGAUUUUACCCUCCAUACACAGUGACACUCUGGAGCUCCUCUCUGCCCUCAUCAAGACUGUUGGUGGUGGACUGGUCCAGUACAGCAGUGUACUCACAAGGCUAUUCUCACAGUCUUUGUCUGCAUGGGCACCUCUGCCUGAGACCAGUCUGGGCCAGCAGAGAGCCUACAGUGCAGUGCGGGUGGCCGUGUACCGUGCUUUAGAUCUGUGGGUAAGGGUAGGUGGUGCCUCCCUGCUUCAAGGAAGCCCCUCCCACACAGAAUUACUAUUCACUCAUCUGAUUAGUGAAAUCACGCCAGGGGCAGAAGCGGUCAAGCUUCGUUCAGGAGCACAGUCAGCUAUUCCCGAUCUGAUGGUUUCUGCUGGUAAACCAGGGCCUCGUCGAACGAAAGGAUUGGGAAUGAGUGACGGGAUCUUGCUACAGAGGAAAGGAGAUGUGUUAGCUAAUCAAGACACAUGUGUUGCUGCUCUUCGUGCAUUGAGACAGAUCAUUUUAACAAGUGGAACUUUAAUGAAAGAAGAUCUGCAUAAGAGGAUACAGGACCUGGUGGUGCCUCUGUGUAUAAGGCUACAGCAGCAGUCUCGCUGUGCUCUGGAGCCAGGCACUGUAAGUGGGCAGUAUGGCAGUCCUACCCCUCGCCGAGAGCUCUACCGCCUCUUACUGGCACUUGUGUUGGUGCCCUCGCCCCGCUGGCCGCCUCCCCUCUCCUGUGCAGUGUCCGCCUUCAGCCAUGGACGCCGAGAUCAAAAUAUUAUGGUUUCAUCAUUCUGUGCGGAGGCCCUGACCAUAUGCAACACUCUUAUUCAUCCUCGUACCCCAUCAAUCUCCCUCCCUCUCGCACCUCUAAAUCUUAAAUCUACCCCAUCUGCCCCUGUCCUUGCUUCGGGCCAAAACCCCUCAUUAUCCAUCCCUAACCUUCUUAGUGGCCCUGCAACAGCACUGCCAUUCCCUGCCAGGCAUCACAUCGGUUUAGGUCCCACUACUCUCCUUGGCCCUCUGGACAACCAUCUCCCUUUGGUUCCACCAGUUCUUUCCACCCCAUCAGGCCCUACUGCCGCCCCAGGUGACCUACUACUCUCUCCUAGCCAACACAGUGAACUGGCAGGCCUUGGGGCCCCUGAGGGCCAGCGGCAAGUUUUCGUACGCUAUGACAAAGAGGAGCCAGAAGAUGUGGAGAUCUCACUAGAAAGUGAUUCAGAUGAUAGUGUGGUCAUCAUGCCACCAGGUAUGAUAAUGGAGAUGCAAGAUGGAGCUGCUAAUGCGCAAGCAUUGUCCCAACAGCCACCACCGGGAGGAACCUUGCCGCCUACCGCCCCAGUCGUGGGUGAAGUUGGAUCAGUUGAAGCCUCUCUACCUAAUGAGCUCACCACAUCCAUUCCACACCAGAUUCUUCCAGCGAAUGCCAAUAACAUAAAUUCCUUCCCUGGACCAAGUCAGACACCCCAGCUUGUUUCUUUAGUUCCUCCUCUGAAUUCUGCAACAGCUCCAAUCUCAGCAUCCCCUGGUGGUCUGGCAGAUUCACUUACAGGUGGUCCCCAACUUCAGCAGAUGCUGAUGCAGACUUCUCCAGUCGGACAGCCACCUGCACUCGGGUUGUCUAUACAGAUGCAGCUUCAAAACCAGAUAGGCCAGACCAGCCGCCAGCUCCAACAGCAGCCCUCGGGAAAUGACGUGGACCAAAACGUUAUCAACAUCAACAGUUCAGAUGACGAAGAGGAGGAGGAAGAGAUGGAUGAAGAGGAUGAAAUGGGUGACGAGGAAGACGAAGAUGAAUGCUUGGAGGAUGAGGAGGAGGAGGAAGAAGGCAGCGAUUUCCCAGAGGAAGAGGAGUUUUACGAUGAGGAGGAUGAAUAUGAAGACUUUGAUGAAGAAGAAGAGGAUGAGGAAAGCGAGGAGAUCCAGCCAAUAGAGCGAGACAAUGGCAGAGUAAUGUUGGGCGAGGGGGAGGCGGAAGUGAUGAUUGAGCCGGAUGAGCAGCAGGGGAUGGGAAUGUUCUGCAUGGAGAGAGAGCAAGAAGUAGAAGGUGGGAUUCAGGAAAUGGAGGGUGUCAGGAGCAUCUAUGCAGAUGAUUUGAUUAAGGAGAAAGCAACGGUGGAGGAAAUUGAGAACAUCGGAGCGGUUGAGAGAAGUGAAGGUGUCGUUGUCAAGCAACAAAUCGAAACUCUUUUAAUCGGUGAAGAUGCCGAGAGCCAAGAAGAGGAAGAUACCACAGUGGAAGCAGUUGAACCAGAAGUGAGAACAUGGGAGCAGGAAGCGGAAAGACCAGAAGAUGACACCGAACAAGCUGGGCCAUCCCAACAGUGUCAAGAGCUGCCCGCAGAGGGUGAAAUUAAAGAGCAAAUGCCAGAAUUACAGCCAGAAGAAAAAGACACCCCAAGUACAGCAUCCACGUCAGAGCAGCCUGCAACACAGAUUGUAGAAGAGACUGCAGAAGAUGAGAAAGUGAGAGUUGAGGAGGAAGAUGAUGAUGAUGCAGAUGCGAGAGGAACAAAGAGGAAAAUGGAAGAUCGGGAAGAGGGAGAGUCUACCGAACAAGGCACAGAAAAGAAAAAGAAGGAUGAUGAGGCAAUGGCUUCCAUGCUUGCUGACUUUGUUGACUGUCCUCCAGAUGAUGAAGAACAUGGUGCUUCACAGUCACAGACCUAACAUGACCUCUCACUCUGCAGAUAUCACAUCACUGGUGUGUUGAAAUCAACAGUCGCAUUCUGAGAUCCCACACAUGUUCACAUUCGACUGAUACUGUACUUUCAAAGUCUACUUUAGUUUCACUUUGUUAGCUCCCAAGUUGUUUUUGUGAUAAGCCAAUUCUGUGAUAUUCAUUAUGUUACCCUUGAAAAAGAUGGCUAUGAUGAUGAGAGUAAUACACUUUAAAGAUAUCAUGGUCAGUCAUCUUUCUUUUAACUGGAUUUGCAGAACUUUGAAAACCUGUCAGCAUAAUACAGGUACUACAAAAAGUGCUUUUUCAGUUUGAUGAUUUGGUUUGUGUUGUUUCGUGGCCUUUUCUUCCUAACAUCAUUUGUAUGUAACUGUCUGUCAAUGCAUGUUAUCGUUCACUGAUAGUUUUUUUUUAAAAAUGCAAUAAAGUGAAUCUUUCAUUGUAA